AUGAAUCAACCACUAAAUAUAUUCCAUGGGAGUGACACUAUCACUGAAACAUCAGUUCUUUCUCCAAGAGUUUGGGUUCGUUUUGAGGAUCUUGAUGUUUAUGAAAAGUUCGCAAAGAAAUCUCAUCUGAUUACUAUCACUGAAGUAAAAAGAGCGUUUCCGUUCCGUGAUGAUGAUACAAUCAACAUAAUACCAAUCCUUCUUAAAAGUGGGAUGUUAGAUGGGCAUUUGGUGUGCAUAGUUGCUGAUGUUGCAGGGUUAGUGCCCAACAGUGAAUUGGCAAGAUUUGAUCCAAAUUUCUCAUGGCUAACCUUGGCAACAUCAUCAUCGACUUCAAUUGUGCAGGGGAAACCAGGUUGCCAAGAAAAAUGCGGUGAUGUUACAAUUCCAUAUCCAUUUGGUAUAGGUCCAUCUGAGAAUGGUUGUUCUCGUGCUGGAGCUGGAUAUCUUGCUUACAAUAUUACCUGCGACACCACUUAUCCAACUCCUAAACCCUUCAUAAGAGCCGGUCAGAACCUAACUUCAGGUGUUUAUAACAUGAUUGAAGUUAUCAGCAUAUCAGAAAUGGAAGUCCGCGUUAAGAGCAAGCCGGCUAUAAUGUGUUCCGACUCUGAAACUGGUGAAUUUAUUUUGAGUGAAUCUCCAGAUUGGAUGAACUUCAAUAAAACCCCAUACACAGUUUCAUAUACAAAGAACAGUUUUUUCGGUGUCGGCUGCUAUUCUUUGGGGUACCUUUUGGAGUCACCUUUGAUGAUCAACACAACUUGUCCUACAGUUUGUACCCCUACGGAAAAUUUGAAAGAUGGAUCUUGUAAUGGAACUGGGUGCUGUCAAACAACAGUACACAAAGUAUUAAGGAGAUUUUUGAACGUAAUUGAUUCAUCGCAUUCCAAGAAUGUGGGUACGCUUACUUUUAAUCCCUGUAGUUAUUCAUUUAUAGGCGAAUCUGAUAAAUACACGUUUAGUGUAUCAGAUUUGACCGUUGCGAAUUUUAAAAAGAAGGCGAAAGAUAUACCUAUUGUGCUUGAUUGGGCAAUAGGGAACAAGGCAUGUGAUAAAAUUACACCGAGGGAGUUAGCCAGUUAUGCAUGCCAGGGAAAUAGUACUUGUAGCAGUUCUGACAAAGUUCCUGGGUAUCACUGCAUUUGCAACCCAGGUUUUGAGGGGAAUCCUUAUUUGAGCCCGGGAUGCCAAGGUAUGGAUUAA